AUGGGCAAGAAAAAGUCAAAAAGCGACUACAACGACUUUCUAGAUGGCGAGAAACUACGCGACAACACGGAAAUCAGGACGUCGCUACAAGGAUCUGCAACCCAAGAUUUUUCAUCUGCAUUCACCGGCCAGCAUGCACGGGGAAGCAAGAAGAACGGGAAGGGUGGAGCGAAGAAACCUCCGCUCACCCACUUUUUGUGUCUGCCGCUUGUCACAGACGCCAGCAGGCCGCAGCUCCAAGAAGGACUAGACAAGUUCAAAAAAGACCUAGCAAGCGAUAGUCCAAUACCCAUCAAGGCGGUGCGACCAGUGGGUACACUUCACCUCACACUGGGAGUAAUGAGCCUGGACGCAAAGGAGCUGGAAAAGGCCAAACGGUACCUGGAAGACUUGGACGUGCACAUUCUACUCCGCGAUAUUAGCCACCGUCGCAUAGCAGAAAAAGCCGCUGAAGACGGGAUAAUAGGAGAAAACCUUGUUCCGGCAGCCAUGCCAGAUACCGAUGCCUUGACCAUCAACCUAGAAGCUCUGGUACCGAUGCAAGCACCAAACAAAACGAGUAUCCUCUACGCCGAGCCUCGGGAUCCAACGCAACGUCUACCUUUGUUUGCCUCUGCAUUGAGGGAGCACUUCACAAAAGCAGGACUCCUAGUCGCAGACACAAGGCCGUUGAAGCUCCAUGCUACCAUUAUGAACACAAUCUACGCAAAGCCCAAGCGUGGAAGAGGACGAUCAAAAUCAUCCAAAUUAAAACACGGACUCAAGCAUCUUGAGCAUAAAGUCUCGCCACACCAUCGACACGAUGGCGAUGCCCACCACGACCAAGACGAUGACGAUGAUGAUGCGGCAUCAAUAGUGGGCUCGGUAGAUGGUGAUCAAGACCAAGCACCACCCGCAACAGGCGAAGGCCAUGGUCCCGAUGGAAAGAGCUGGAUGCGAUUCGAUGCGACAAAUCUAAUUGAGAAGUACAAGGGUUUUGUAUGGGCGCGCAAUGUACGCAUAGAUAGAGUUUGCAUUUGCGAAAUGGGUGCGAAGAAGAUUUGGAGUGGGUCGCAUGAGGGUGACGGAGAGAUUUUGGAUGAACAGUACAAAGUUGUUGCUAUGAAGGGGAUAUUUGAGUGA